UCUCGCUUAGAAAAAAAACAAGAGAAGAAGUUUCGACUGGAUUUUUACAUUCAUGGUCGCUGCGCAGGGAUCAGAAUGACCGUGCUUAUACCGCCUCCACGUGGCUAUCAACAUUUGUUUCAGGAGCGAGAAGAUAUCGUGAAACCGUCAUCAUUGUCCAUGUUAGCCAGCACGUGCACUCGACUGAUGCCCAACAGUUGCGAAAUUCCUAAACCUGUGCCCACGUUUGUUCCGUUUCACCCAGGACUACAGCCAGCCUUGUACCAUCCGCGAUUGCCACGUCACUUUCCUGACAUCACUUCCCCUGUGAACGUUAAUCACGUGCGACAACCGCAACCUUUACAGAGAAUCCACGCGCAAACUUUAGAGGUGCACAGUGCUCAACUCACCGGAAGUAACUUGAGGAUACACGCGCCAUCACCGAUGACGUCACCAGUGACGUCACGACCCUUCGACUACGACAUCUACCAAACACGACUGCUCCAGCAAAACUUUAUGGCGGCUGGACAGACUUAUGUGCCCACAAGUCUGCAUUUGACGAUGGGACCAGUUUCGCCAAGUGGACACCACCAAGUGUCGAACAUACCAAAACAGCUUUCCCCUCCCCCUGCCAAGGAGGCGGAGUUACCAUGGUGGAGUAUCCAGUCCUCACCCUCGACCCCGAGCCUCUCCCCAGAUCUCAUGUCGGUUCCGCCGGGCUUCAUGUUCAACCAAGGAAGCGCCACAGAAAUGCAAAUGGCGUCCAUGAUGCAGGGUCUGAAAGGGGGAAUAACCCAAACUCGUCGGUGUAGGCGCUGCAGGUGUCCCAACUGUCAGAACGCCUCUGGUGGCUCAAGCACGCCUUCCAAGCGAAAACAGCACAUCUGCCACAUCCCCGGCUGCGGCAAAGUGUACGGAAAGACGUCCCAUCUGAAGGCUCAUUUGAGGUGGCACACGGGCGAGCGUCCGUUCGUCUGUAACUGGCUCUUCUGCGGGAAGAGCUUCACUCGAUCGGACGAACUACAGCGCCAUCUGCGCACGCACACGGGGGAGAAACGGUUCGCAUGUAACGAGUGCGGGAAGCGAUUCAUGCGCAGUGACCACCUCAGCAAACACGUCAAGACGCACGAGAACAAACGCGGCGGAAAGACCGCGCAGCGAGAGGGCGAUGACGUCACCAAUGAAGCAGACCAUGUCUCUGAUGACGAGGACGUGGAAGUAGAUGUCGAGUCUGAUAUGUCGGAUGACAUCGAUCUCGAGAAAGUGGACGAGAGUCGACACCAUGGAUUAGAUGUAGACGUGCAAUAGCUGACGAUAUUUGUAUGUGAACUGUUCACAUCUGAGCCCCGUUCCACAAAGCGAUCUUAGCGCUACGAUUACUUUAUGUACAUAACUACCUUAUGUGCUUACGGUGAUCUUAGCGCUAAGAUCGCUUCGUGGAACGGGGCCCAGGACCCAUAUUUUAUCGUAAAAUCGUCGUAAGCGUUGACAUCACUAUGUCGUGUGUUGUAGUGACAUCACAACCUACGAUAGUUUUACGAUUUCUUUGCACGAAGAUGGCUUCGAAAAUAUGGGCACAGGGCCCAAUUUCACAAAAUAUCGUAAGCCUGGUUUUGCAUGUAAACGUAAAUC